AUGCCUCGAGGCAGCCGCAGCUCCGGAGUGAAUCGUGCUCCUCCUCCAGCAACAGCUCAGGCUAGUAAUGGUGGUGGUUCUAUGCUUGGUAAUAUUGGCUCAACCAUAGUUGAAGGUAUUGGUUUUGGUACUGGAAGUUCGAUUGCACACAGGGCUGUUGAUUUUGUGAUGGGACCAAGAACCUUUCGGACUGAAACCGUUGUUUCUGAGACUGCCUCUGCUGCUUCCCCUGUUGCAAACACCAAGGUUUCUUCUGGUUCUUGUGACAUUCACUCCAAGGCUUUCCAGGAUUGUGUCAACAAAUUUGGAAGCGACAUCAGCAAGUGCCAGUACUACAUGGACAUGUUGUCUCAGUGCAAGAAGAGUUCUGGUUCAGUGAUGGCUGCUUAA